AUGGUUUCCGUCCGACGCACCAAGAACUUUGCAAACGACCCUCAGACCCCGAUAUUCCUUUACACUAUCCUCAAGCAACUGGACCUCCGGUCGAUCAACUGGAACGAAGUCGCCGGCUCUCUCGGUAUCUCCAAUGGCCACGCAGCCCGAAUGAGAUACAGUCGCAUGAAGUCACAGUUUGAAGGCACAUCCAACCAGGCCAAACCACCCAAGCCGAAGAAGGAGAAGCCCAACACUGCCGAUAACAAGUCUUCCAAAGUCAAAGCAAAGAACAAGCGCCUGCUUGAGGAAGAAGAGAAUGAGCGGCUGGCCCAAGAACGAGCGGCGUGUCAACAUAUCAUGCAACCAGAUCAUGACCCCAAAAGAAUCAAGGUCGAGCCGCAGUCGUACAUCCAUCACCCAUGGUACUCUCCGUACUCUGCAGAGACAGCGCAGAUGUACCCAAACCCAUAUUGGGGCCAACCAGCCAUGUCACUCAAAGCGGUGCCACAAGCAUCAUUCGGACUGCCCAAUCUCCCUGCUCAGACUGAUCCCCCGACACCCCCUAUGAAGACGGAGCCCAACACAACUUUGGCCGUUCGCGACGAUAUUGAGACGGCAACCCCGGUCAUCAAGCAGGAGCCUGGGGGAUGUGCACGCUGCUGCGAAGAAGCUGAUCUCAGCGCCACAAUUGUCAAGAGGGAACCAGGAACACCAAUACAACAUCCGGCCUCACCUCCCGCGGAGAGUCGCAAUAGUGUCUCAUUCGGCUAUCCUCUGUCUCGGACGAUCAAUACUUUCUUCGGCCCUCAGCCAAGUGCAUCGACCGCAAGACCGCCUUCCUCGUUUCAAAACAACAUGUCUCCACUUUCAACACCACAAACCUUCUCGCGUGGCUACUACCCGCCAUUCAGUGAUCGCCCGCAGAGUCAGAGUGCUGUGCCGUGGUCCACCGUGGGCACAGGUCAACAUUUCGGAACGGUUUCGACAGAUGAUGCCUGCGACAAAAUGAUUCUGAAUCCCUAUGCCGUGUCAUACCAGGACCUGCUGAAUAUGCCGCUGUACAGACUGUAUCCCGAGACAGCCGCAUCGCAGCCGAUACAAGCAAAGGCCCAAUUUAUUGCAGCCCAGUCAGGCGUGGUUGAGCAGGAUCAAGAGAACAAGCACGGGAGUACACCACCAGGUGUUACUUCGACCACAGCAACACCACCACCACCACCAGCAGCGUGGAGCCCGACUACGAGAAACAGUCAUGCAGGAGCCAGCACCAGAGCCUCUAUUACGCCGUCAGAUGCCCUCAUCUGCUGCCGUGGAUCUGCAGUGCUUGCAGACACUGGUGGCUCGUCCACAGCCAUUCCUAACGUCAUCGAAGUGGACUCAGGUGAUGAGGACGAGGACGAGACUUGUUGGACGACGACAGUCAAGGUCAAGAAGGAGUUCGCAGCUUGA